UGCGACGCAUGUACCAGAGCAUGAGUGACCUCAAGACGCCGCUGGCCAAGGCGGGCGACCUUGCGUUGCUGCUGCCGACGCCCGCCGAGGCCAUCGCCGGCCACGCCGCCGACCUCCGCGCGUCCUUCCGCGCAGGCGUGCUCCAGUCGACCGCGGCGCGCAAGGCCCAGCUCCGCCAGCUGCGCCUCUUGGCGACCGAAGGCGCCGAGCUGCUCCAAGCCGCCGUGUGGAAGGACCUGCACAAGCAUGCAACCGAGCUCUUUGUGAUGGAGACGUCUGUACUUCUCAACGAGAUCCAAGAACACUUGGACUACGUCGACGACUGGGCGGCGCCCAAGCGUGUGGGCACGAACCUCGUCAAUAUCCCGGGCUCGUCGUACGUGCACAGCGACCCGCUUGGCGUCUGCUGCAUCAUGGGCACGUGGAACUACCCGGUUCAGCUUAUCUUGCUGCCGCUCGUGGGCUGCAUCAGCGCCGGCAACUGUGCCGUCCUGCGCCUGCCGGCGGAAGGGUCGAGCGACCACGUGGCGGCUGCGCUCGCGUACCUUCUCGACAAGUACAUGGAUCCAAACGUCGUGCGCUACGUGGCUGGUGGCAUUGACGCGAACAAGGCCAUGCUCGCCCAGAAGUUUGAUCUUAUCUUUUGCACCGGCGGUCCGUCUCGUCUAUGA